AUGGAGAAGAAGUUAAGGAUAAAGAAGAAAGUAUGGAUGGGGAAGAAGUUUGGGAUGGAGAAGAAGUUUGGAAUGGAGAAGAGUCUAAUUAAGGAUGGAGAAGAAAUUUGGGAUGUCGAUGAAGUUAAGGAAGCAGAAGAAGUUAAGGAUGGAGAAGAAGUUAGGGAAAGAGAAAAAGUUAAGAAUGAAGAAAAAGUUAGAGAAGGAGAAGAAGUUAAAGAUGGAGAAAUAGUUUGGGAUGGGGAAGAAGUGAAGGAAGGAGAAGAAUUAAGGAAGAAGAUGAUGUUUUGGAUGGAGAAGAAGUUAAUGGGAAGAGAAGAAAUUAGAGAUGGCGAAGAAAGUAAGGACGGGGAAGAAGUUUGGGAUGGGGGAGAAGUUUGGAAUGGAGAAGAAUCGAAGUAUGGAGAAGAAAUUAAGGAAGAUGAAGUUUAG